AUGAUAGUUUUGGACAGCCCUUUCUUCCUUGCCACACUGGCAUGUGUCUUGAUGACAGCAAAAAGCAGCGGCCAGAAUCCUAAUAACUACGUUGUUGAUAUCAGCGAACCAAACGAGCCUGGUCCAUUCCACGAUCUAACUCGUACUGAGUUAAUUAAGCUGCGGUCGUUUCUAGAGAAAGAGCCAAAUAUCAGGGCAGAGAAGUCUAACAAUGCCAGUGUUGGCAGCAGCUAUAUCUUUACUGCAGACGUCUUUCUGCCCAAGAAGGCCGAUGUUUUGAAAUUCUUGGAUGGGGCUGGUAGGUGUCCUCGGCCAGAAAGACGAGCCCGUGUGAUUAUGUUCAGGGGAGAUAAAUCUCCAGCAGUUGUAGAGGAAUAUAUUUGCGGCCCCUUGCCUGAAGUGAGCAGAUGUGAUCUGUUGAAUCUGACAACCUUCCGAAACCCGGUUGAAUUCUCUGUCAGGCCAUUCAAUGGCCUUGAGACGGCAGCUAUGGAGACGGUUAUUCUGCGGGAAGUGGACAGAAGG